AUGUGUAUCGAAGAUUUUUCGUGUAUGAAAGAUUUGUCGAUCCCAAGAUCUUGGUAUAAUUCAUUCGAUAAGCGACUACUUUCAUAUAGAAAUUGGACUGGAAAUCAAAAACCUAUAGAACUGGCUAAUGCAGGAUUUUAUUUCAAAGGCAAGGAUGAUAUUGUGGAAUGUUUUCAAUGUGGGAUUGAAAUCCACAUGUGGAAUCAUGAAGAUAUUCCUAUUGAGGACCACUUGAAGUAUUCAAAGAUUUGCCCCUAUGCCAAUCUCAUAAAGGAUAUUCUAUACAAGCCACAAGAAGGGACAAAGAAUGAAGAACCAAAAGAUUGCUGUGUGAGAUCAGUGAAUUUUAAAGUGGAUUUAUUACAUGUCUUGUGUUCCCUAUUAUCUAUGAGUAUUUUGUUAGAUAUCUUCAAUAAAAUCUAUUGA